AGUCAAGAAGACACAAAAAGGGCAAACUUCAUCCGGCGUGUUUGAAUUGCAGAAGAUGGCGAUGCGAUCGCCGUCCGUCUCUUUCUUCCCCACGCUCUUUUUCCUUCUCGCAAACGCUCUCCUCGUUGCCGAAGCCACCAAUGUCCACUACUAUGACUUCGUGCUGAGGGAGACGAACAUCACCAGGAAUUGCACUUCGUGGAGUCUGUUAUUAGUGAACGACAGCUUGCCGGGGCCGACGAUCCAAGUUCACAAAGGCGAUCUCGUGUUCGUCAACGUCCAUAAUCAAGGAGAUUACGGAGUCACACUUCACUGGCAUGGCGUAAAGCAACCUCGCAACCCAUGGUCAGAUGGUCCAGAAUACAUUACUCAAUGUCCAAUUCCACCGGGCACAAAUUUCACAUAUGAAGUAAAUUUUACAACUGAGGAAGGAACCCUUUUGUGGCACGCCCAUAGUGAUUGGACAAGAGCCACGGUGCAUGGUGCAAUAGUCAUUCUACCGGAAGAAGGAAAUACUUACCCUUUUCCUAAGCCAGACGGUGAAGAAAUUAUUGUGCUUGGUUCUUGGUAUUCGCAAGGAGAUGAACUGAAUGCCGACUUAGCCGAAGAUCUAGCUGAAGGCACUGAUGUACCUCGUUCAGUUGGUUAUAUGAUCAAUGGAGAAUUUGGAGAUUUUAUUGCCUGCUCACAAGAUUCGACAUAUCACAUGUAUGUUGAUUAUGGCAAGACCUACCACCUCCGGAUAAUCAAUGCAGCCGUUAGCGCUGAACUCUUCUUCGCCAUUGCCGACCACAACUUGACGGUAGUCGGAAUGGAUGCAGCAUACACAAAACCAUUAGUGAGUUCAUACAUAAUGUUGAGCCCUGGUUCAACCAUCGACGUGCUAUUCACUGCCAAUCAGACCCCAGGAAGGUAUUACAUGGCGGCUCGCCGCUACUCGAGCGAGAGCACAGAUGUCACGAACUUCGACCACGCCGUCACCACUGCCAUAAUCCAAUACAGUGGAAACUAUAGUCUGGACUCAUCACCAAUAUUCCCAGACCAGUCUCUUCCGAGUUAUUUCGACUAUGAUGCGGCAGAUAGCUUCUUGUUCGUGCUCCGAAGUUUGGCAAAUGGAGAUCAUGCGUCGGAUGUGCCUCUCAACAUAACGAGGAGGAUGUUUAUAGUAGCUUCGAUCAGUGCGAUAUUGUGUCCACAUCACGAUUGUGUCAUUGCUCCGACCACGAUCGGUUCUAGUCUCAAUAAUCAAAGUUGGGAGAACCCAUCAACGGAUGUGCUUCAAGCAUAUUACAAGAACAUCAGUGGAGUAUAUACGGCAGAUUUUCCAGAUUUCCCUCCGGUUUUCUAUAACUGGACGGCAGACGAUAUGCCGGAAGAAUCGGCAGUGUCAGACAAGGUGACCAAAGUGAAGAUGUUGGAGUACAACGAAUCCGUGGAGAUUGUCUUCCAAGGGAGCGACAUCUUGCGAGGUGCGGAGAGUCAUCCGAUGCAUAUGCAUGGAUACAGUUUCUAUGUCGUGGGACAUGGCCUGGGCAACUUCGACAAUGAGACGGAUCCCUUGAACUACAACCUGGUCGACCCGGUCCUAGUCAAUUCGUUUGCAGUUCCCCGGAAAGGAUGGAUCGCCAUCAGAUUCGUGGCAAAUAAUCCAGGUGUAUGGUUUUGGCAUUGCCACAUAGAUCGACACAUGAGUUGGGGCAUGGAGACAGUUUUCAUAGUAAAAGAUGGAGGCACUGAGGAAACGAGUAUGCGAGGGCCUCCUUCGUACAUGCCUCCUUGUGAAGAUUCCUACAAUAUUGCCAGGAUGAAAUAUCGCCGUCUCCCCCGUCAAAUCUCUCGCACCUGAGAACACAUGCAGCAAUUCAGAGCUCAGCAGGGGUUGCAUGGCAAUUAUUUGUAGCCAUAUAAUUAGUAGCCUCGUACGUCAAACGAGUUUUCCCCCCUCAAGAUUUCCCGUGGGUUGUCGAUGUUAGAAGUUGUACCAAUUAUGGACACUCAAUUUAAUAAAUUCAUUAAUCGAGAGAUUGUAGUAUAGAUCAA